ACACACAUGAUUUAUUAUUUAUUUUAAAAUAUUGCAGUUGUAAUAUGGAUCAGAUAAAUGUUUUGGACCGUUCGCUGAAGAUGACCACCCCCGGCGGCGAAUCAACAGUAAUAUGCCGCUCUUUCGCCACCCAAUCAUCGACAUCCUCCCUCAACAAAUUCAAAUUUCCCGCCAAAUAUCCACCGUCAACCGUCCAUUUUGGCGCCAAAGCAGCUCCGUUUCUCACUCCCCCCUUCGCACUUCCACCCACUUCAGAUAAUUACAGCAAUGUUGGUUUGUGUGGAAGGAGAGGACUCAUUUUUCUUUCUGUCACUCUACCUUUUCUUUUUCCUUCACAAGAGUAUGUCAAAGAUUUCAAUGUUGAAGCAGAAGAGCUCAGAGAUCCUGAUUACGUACUUAUAAAGGAUGAGAUAAGGAAGGUUUUGUCUAAAGGAAAGGCUGCUGGUGUACUUCGUCUAGUGUUUCAUGAUGCAGGAACCUUUGAACUCAGGGACAAUUCAGGAGGUAUGAAUGGCUCUAUAACAUAUGAACUUGAGAGGCCUGAAAAUAAAGGGCUCAAAAAGUCUCUGAAGAUUAUUGAGAAAGCCAAAAAUGUGGUGGAUGAGAGACAGUCAGUAUCCUGGGCAGACAUGAUUGCUGUAGCAGGAGCUGAGGCAGUUUCGAUAUGUGGAGGCCCAGAUAUUCCAGUUCGGUUGGGGAGACUUGAUUCACUGACUCCUGAUCCUGAAGGGAAACUACCUGAAGAGUCACUGGAUGCACCAAGCUUAAAGAAGUGUUUCCAAACAAAAGGCUUUUCCACACAAGAACUUGUUGCACUGUCUGGGGCUCAUACUCUUGGAAGUAAAGGUUUUGGAAGCCCCAUCGAAUUCGACAAUUCAUAUUACAAAAUACUCCUAGAGAGUCCGCUCUCGUCAGAGCCGUUUUGGCGGAGUGAGUAGUUCAAGGCACAUUAAGUUUCUAUUGCUAAGCACACAUGUAGAUAGAUAUUCAACUACGAGUCUACAAACAUUUCAGAUGUCAUACCCAGUCAUAUAUGGUAUCAUUUUCCCGAUAUAUAAGGCUUCUUUAACGAGCAUUAUCCCAUUUAAUAAGACUUUAUAGAAGUAAAGAGGAAGAAGUUACUAACAUUGUGUGUUUGAUGUAAACUCUGAAACCCAAUUGGCAAAUGCACUUGCAUAUGUGUAUCCAACUGAGAGGAAAACGGUUGUAAAACUUGAAUUAUUUGAUUAACAUACUAAGAGAAUUAGAGUCAGAUUCGUGCUUUUCCAGCAACUGAAAUUGCUGAGUGGAAUUCAACAUUAACUUCUGCAACUGAAAUUGCUGAGUGGAAUUCAACCGAAAUUACUUAGGAUUCUUUUUAUACUGCAUUCCCCACUCUAUGAGCUCAUAGCUCUCAAUAUA